AUGCGUAAGGCAGAAAUGGCGGCCGCGUUUGUCCCCGAAAUAGAUAAACGAAGCAAUCCCAUGUCCCACCCUCUAACUCGCUCACGGGCUUUCCUUUUAAUUGACAUAUCCACGCGUUCAGAAUCCAUCCAACUCUCCGUCUGCGCUGGACAAACUUUUUCUUGGCUGUGCAAUCAAAACAAAUCAAAAUUCUCUAAUUAUCCGGAGGUGCUAGCCCCCCGAUGGCUCUAUGGGCCAUCUGAGAAAAACGCCGCGUUUCGCCCGGAAUCAUGGCCGUAUGGUUCAGAUUACGCGGAACCCACAGAAAGUGCUUAA